AUCCCGAGGGAUUGCCUUGCAGAGGCAGAAGGGCCUUGCUUCCAUUCACAGAAACAUUGAUUGGAUCGCGCUUUUGGAUUUGACUAGAAACAGGCUGGACUCUGGUGGUAGAAGCUCAGCUGAGGCAUCACUGUACCUCAAUAGAGAAAAUUACAGUCAGGUGGCCUGUGAUUGCUCCAAGGCGUUUGCUGCCUCUACCACCGCUGCUGCUGCUGCUAUGUUACAAGGGAGGCUAAUCAGCAGAGCUCAGCCACGUCUGCCAGCACACUUGUGAAAGAGGCAGGCUGUGUGCUCUGUGUGAGAGAGGAGGAGAGAGCUAGAGAGAGAAGGGCAUGCUUCACCGUACCAAAUACAACCGCUUCAGGAAUGAGUCAGUAACAUCCGUCGAUGAUCUUCUCCACGGUCUGUCCAUGAACCCCAAGGUCUCGGCCAGUCCCCAGCCUGCCGCCGAGACAUCUUACACACCCCCAUCUGAGGUACAGCCCACCAGCGCGAGCAGCACCGCCACCGGCCACGGCUCCGACCACCUGGAGGAUGGAGGCACCACCCUGUGUACGCUCAUCAACAAGGUGUCCAACCUAAAAUUCACCAACUCCGGCAGCUUGCUGGGCAUCAAGGGUUUGCCCUCGGCUGUCAAGGACCUGGCUGUGUCUAAGCUGCAGGGAGGUGGGGGCUCGGGCUCAGGCAGCUCCACUGUGACAACAACAGCAGCAGGAGCAGCCUCUGGGUUGGGAGCCACUCACUGCAUUUCCCAGUCAGCCCCCUGUUCGCAGCUAGCCACGGUGGUCAACAUGAGCAAGAAAAGCCGAGUGGAUGAGCUACUGCCUGGAACUGAGGACUGGAAUCCAGGUGGAGGGGACGGAUUGGUCAGCAAACCCUCCAGAGGAUGGCUACACUCCAGUGAGAAGAUCUCAGGACCAGGAGUUACAUACAUUGUCAAGUAUUUGGGCUGUAUAGAGGUCCUACGGUCAAUGAGAUCUCUGGAUUUCAACACAAGGUCACAGAUCACAAGAGAGGCCAUCAGCUUGGUGUGUGAGGCUGUUCCUGGGACCAAAGGAGCUUUGCGCAAACGAAAGCCGCCAUCGAAGGCAUUAUCCAGUAUCUUGGGGAAAAGCAACUUACAGUUUGCCGGCAUGUCCAUUAAUCUAAACAUUUCCACCAGUAGCCUGAAUCUGAUGACCCCUGACUGCAAACAGAUCAUUGCCAAUCACCAUAUGCAGUCGAUCUCUUUUGCAUCAGGUGGAGACCCUGAAACCACAGAUUAUGUUGCUUAUGUAGCAAAGGAUCCAGUCAACAGAAGAGCGUGCCACAUCCUGGAGUGCGCUGAUGGCUUGGCUCAGGACGUCAUUAGCACCAUUGGUCAGGCCUUUGACCUACGGUUUCAGCAGUACCUGCAGUGUCCUUCAAACAAGAUGUCCUCCACACAAGACAGGGUAUUAAACAUGGAAGAGCUGCAGUGGACAGAGGAGGAGGAGGAGUCAGCAGAUCACCCGUACUACAACAACAUCCCUGGUAAAAUGCCACCGCCUGGAGGCUUUAUUGACGCCCGACUGACCAAUCAAAAUACAACACAUGAUGGCGCUCCGAUGGGUCUUGGAGCUGUUGAUCAGACCUACUAUCAAGGACGGCAUUGUGGAGAAAACUGGGGAGAUGAGAAAAAGCCUAUUUUCAUACAACAAGGAUCCUUUGAUAUAAGCGGUUUACCUGACAAUAAAGGUCAGUCUACAAAGGCAGGAGAAAUGCCAACGUACAUGAACACGCAGCAGAUCGACGCCCAGGUGCUGGCAGCGCUGCACGCGGAGGCCGAAAGUGUCCCAAAGGGCAACUUUGCAACUGGAGCCAAAGAUAGCCCUCCCAAAGAUCUUUUCGACAUGAAGCCGUUCGAAGAUGCCAUUCAUUCUCAGUCACACUCGCCGUCCCAGGUUCCUCCCCAGUCCCAAGUUUCAGGUCUCUACAAGGCUGCGUCUGUGGACAAUUCGAGCCCCCUUCUCGUUCGGGCAGUGGCCUUUCGAGCACAAGAGGAGCUAGAGGAAAAACCCUGGUACCAUGGCAAAAUGAGCCGCCGCGACGCUGAGAAAUUACUGGAUAAAGACGGAGACUUCCUUGUUCGGAAAAGCACUACAAACCCAGGGUCCUAUGUACUGACUGGUAUGCACAAUGGACUUGCAAAACACCUGCUGCUGGUGGACCCCGAAGGAACGGUACGGACAAAAGAUCACGUGUUUGACAGCAUAAGCCACCUUAUUGGACAUCACCGUGACAACAAUCUGCCAAUCGUGUCAGCUGGGAGUGAACUAUGUCUUCUGCAGCCAGUGGAAAGAAAACAGUGAUGCUUGGAAUGCGUGAUGGUAAAAAGGUACCAUCCGGAAACUUGAAUACGAGACAUUACUGGUCAAUGGUAUCUUUACUGAAAGCACUGAAAGACCCAAGCAAGAUUUGUUAAAUUAUUUAUAGAACUGUUAUUAUUUUGUUGUGAUGACUGAAAUGCUAUAUUUUUUGAAAAGAUGGGUGCAUUUGGACAUAAUAUAUUGAUUUGGUGUUUUAACAGAUUAAAAAGACAACUGUUCUUGUAGUUAAAGUGCAAAUUAUGCCUCAAAGAGGCGAUUACAAAAGUA